ACAGACGAACCAGCGAUCGCCGUUGAAUGUGGAAACAUCCAAAUCAAUCCGAUGCCCAAAGUGCUUUGCUUUCCCACAGAACAUCACAAUUCAUCCUCCCUCUCUCUCUCUCGUCAUUGAAGGGGAACGAGAAAGCUCCAAUCUUUCUGUGACCCACAGGGGAGUUUGUAAGCAACGAUGCGAUGAAACUGACCGGAAAGCUCGCCGACAGAGACCCAUUUCCCAGCUUCUCGCCCGCGCCAUGGAUCGCCGUUCUCUUCCCCCUGUCCCUCUCCCCGCUCUUGAUCCUAUGGGCAGGCUUGCUCGGCCUCGCCGCUGCCGCUGCCGAUGGGAGGGGCAAUAGCACGGAGCACCGCCCCGUCACGCCGAUCAAUCUCGAUCUCUACCACUCUAGCAUACGUUUGAUAGGAGAGAUAAAUGACUUAGUAAGACGCCACCCGGAUAAGCUCACUAUGGACACAAUUAAAGCUGGAAAUAAAGGGUAUCGCUCGGAGCUUGCUGUUGUGACUUAUUGCCGUGGUAGGAAAGAUGUAGACAGCAACUCGAAGUUCCGAAUACUUCUCAGUUUUGGGCAGCAUGGAAGGGAGCUCAUUACAUCCGAACUGGCUCUGCGGAUUUUGUCAAUCUUAAGUGAAGAAGAGUUCUUAGACAAGGUCGAUACUGUUUCGUUGAACAGUUUUCUUGACAAACUUGUCAUAAAGGUGGUGCCAAUGGAGAACCUUGAGGGGCGCAAGCUUGUUGAAGGUGGAGAUCUUUGUGAGAGGAGAAAUGGGAGGGGAGUCGAUCUCAACCGCAACUGGAGUGUAGAUUGGGGCAAAAAAGAAAAGGACUAUGAUCCAUAUGAAGAAAAUCCUGGAGUUGCUCCAUUUAGUGAACCAGAAAGUCAGAUUAUGCGAAAAGUUGCAACAUCAUUCAAUCCUCACAUAUGGGUGAAUGUACACUCAGGAAUGGAAGCACUAUUUAUGCCUUAUGAUCACAGAAAUACAACUCCCCCGGGGCUGUAUUCUGUGAAAAUGAGGUCAUUGCUGGAAGAUUUGAACCGUCUCCACUGCCACAACCGUUGCAUGAUUGGUUCAGGAGGAGGCUCAGUCGGGUAUCUUGCACAUGGGACGGCAACAGAUUACAUGUAUGAUGUAGUUAGGGUGCCAAUGGCUUUCACUUUCGAGAUUUAUGGAGAUGGAGAAGCAUCUUCAAGAGACUGCUUCAAGAUGUUUAAUCCUACUGACCUUGCUACUUACAAUAGAGUUCUUAGCGACUGGUCAGCAGCUUUUUUCACAAUCUUUAAGGUUGCACCGAAACACAUAGACGACGUCAGCUCUCAGGUCACUGUUUCCAGUCCAAAGAAGUGGGAGUCAAUGGACGACUAUCUUGAGGGCUACCUGAUGGAGAGAAGCAGUCGGUACGGGAAGAAGAUGGAGGUGCUCGAUCUCGGGAUGCAGGAGAUCAGGACGUACUUCCGGCUCUUCCUGCUAUCUUUCGUGCUGCUAAUGUUCAUGUUCUGUUCGAGGAUCUCGAAGAGCAAGUCCCUUAGACCGUCUAUGCCUUCAAUCUCCCUUUAACAAGCCCCGAAAUUUCACUUCCCCUUUUAUUUUUGGUUAUUGAGGUUAUUGUAUUUUAUAUAUUCAUGGGGAAAUAGGGUGAUGUCAUUUUUUUCAAGCUGCUAGAAUUCAUACAAUGUAUUUUUUGUGUGUAGUGAUAUUAUUUUUUCCCCACAAUUAAAUAUAUAAUUUAUUUCACUUA